AUAUCAAAGAGUAGAGAAAGAUGGGUAGUAUUCCAUGGACUAUGGAAGAGGAUCAGUUGCUGAGAAAAUGCAUAGAGAAGUAUGGAGAAGGGAAAUGGCAUCGUAUCCCUCAGUUAGCCGGUAAACUAAAUUGAGUUGUAUUAAUUUGUUUUCUGAACAACUCUAGCUUCUAUGUAUUUUGGAAAUUAGGAAAAGAUUUGAUCAGUAACGCAAUCUGCAGAUGGUGGAUGAAGCCCUGCAAGGGUUCGGGUUUCAGAUCCUUCAGCUUUGUCUUGGAAAGGGUCUCUAUCUCUUACUACUGGGGUGGUUUAGUUCCGACUAGGUCUGAUCGAAUUUUACAGGUUAAUGAUGAUCGCCUUUUUUCUGGGUGAUGGCUAUGUCAGGGCGGCUCCUAUGUUGUCUUCCUACUGGGGUGUAGUCUAGGAGCGGUAGUUGCGGUGGCGCCGUUUGGUCUGGGCGGGAAUUCGAUGUGAUGGCAGCGGGUCAUGGUUGCAGUCAAGCUUGCCUAUUGGGCUGGCUUGCUCUCUUUGGGUUUGGGAUAGGGCCUUUGGACCUCAUCUUGCGCUUCAUAGCUUCGGUUAUAGUUGGGGUCUGGAUCCCACAAAUUUAAAGACUUGGACCUACAAAUGCAAAUAAUGAGUCCUAUACAUGGACUAGAACUGUCUUAAGAAGCUUUGGGCUGUGCUGGGAAAUUCAAUUUCCAUUGGGCUUGUAGGUUAUAACCACAAUCUCACAAAUGGAGUGAAGGAGAAAAAUAGAGCCAUCAUGGGUGUACUUGGUAAAUCUUUUUGGGUGUAUCUUAACCAUUUCCAACCCAAAGUCUUGACUUUUCCUUUCUUUUGGGUAGUUUCCUAUUUGAUUAGGGAUUUAAUAAACCCAAUCACGUCCUGUUUUGUUUAGGAAUUUCUUUUGGGUAGUCUCCUAUUUGUUUAAGGAUUUAAUGAAAUAAAAACAGUUCUCCACUCUCCAAAGCAACCCAGCAUUUCCCAUAUUAAAUCCCUCAUUUUCCAUCUCUCCCAAUACCCACAAAUGAUUGCUCAGUUUUCCGACUCCGUUGUGUUCAGAUUCUUCAGCACACUCUUCGUCGAAGAAGAGAUUUCUCCGAUGAGGAAUUCCGGUUUCUCUAGCACUGUACCGGAAAGAGCUGAAUCUGAGAUUCGGAAAAGUUACGAAGAAGAUGAUGAUUCAGAAUUCUUUGAUGUUGGUGAUAUAGAGAUCUCAGAGCCAAAUUUCGUGUUUAAAUUUGAGUACCAGACUGGGGAAAUAUUAAAAACACUGGAAAAAGCGGAUGUAAUUGGUGAUUAUGUAGCUUUUCAGGCCCAAAAGAAUACUAGUAGUAGUUGCUUCAUUGAAGAAGCAGAAAAUGGGUCUGCUCAGAAAUCAAACUGUGGUUCUAUAGAAGCAACUGAUGUUGAUGAAGGAAAAAGUGCUCAGGGUUUUACAGAGGGUUUUGACCAAUUGGUUAGACAAGUACAAGUUCAUGAGGAAAAAGGUACUGAUCAGGGUUUUAGAGAUGGUGCAUUUGAGGAAGAGGAGGUAGAGAAGAAAUCAGUGAUUGAAGAAGAUUCUGUUUCGGACGACGAAGAAGGAUCCGAGAGUCAGGAAGAAGUAGAUGUUAAUAAUGAAGAAAUGUCUCAUUCAGAAGAGGAAAGUGAUAGUACUGGUGAUGAGAAACUGGCUACUAGUCAUGAAGAUGAGUUGGUUUCGGAAGAGAACUUUGUUAGUUCGGAAUCUGAUUCUGAUUUGAUUUGCUCAAGUCUAGAUGAUGAUGAAGUAGGUGCUUUGGAAGACAUUGGAUUGCACGAGCCUGAUGGUUUUGAUGAAGAAGAUGAUGAUAUAAUGGAACAAGUUAGAGAACUAGAAGAGUUGUGUACGACUGAUGAUCAAAACUCGAAAGGGUCCGAACCUAAAGGAGAAGAAAAGCUAGUGGAUGAUUAUAAUGGUUCCGAGGAUUCAGACACAUUGGACGUUUUGUGGGAACACCAAGAGUUGAUAGACCAGUUGAAAAUGGAGCUCAAGAUAGUCAGAGCUACAACUGGUCUGCCUACAAUUUUUGAAGAAUCCGAGUCUCUGGAUAUGGAUGACUUGAAGCCACUCAAGAUUGAUGAAAAAUACCAACACGGAGAUAGAAUGAGGGUGCUUCACAAGUUCUACAAGAGUUACAGGACUCGAAUGCGCAAGUUGGAUAUUUUGAAUUACCAGAAGUUAUAUGCAAUAGGUGUUCUGCAGUCUAAGGAUCCACUUAGAUCGUUUUCGAGCUACAAAUCCUCAACUCCGGCAAUCAAAUCCUUUCUUUCCAACUGGAGGCUAUGUAGACCCAAAAUAGAUUGUGAUCCAAUUGUUAAGUUCAUUAAGGAUGUGCUAGUGAAUUGGAAUUGGUCUAUGUAGGGCAGUUGUGCCUUUCAUGGGAGUUCCUUCAAUGGCAAUAUGAGAAGGCCUUGGAGCUAUUGGAAUCUGCCCCUAAUCAAAUACAUUCAUACAAUGAAGUUGCAGAGGAAUUGCAACAUUUUCAAGUGCUCCUGCAAAGAUUUAU